AUGCAAUUCCGCCGGCCCUCCUCCGCCGCGGUGACGGCCUUAUCGCUCUCUCUUUUCCUCCUCCUCCUCCUCCCCUCCACCGCCUACGUCGACAACAUAACCCACAUCCUCGCCGGCCACCCAAGUCUAUCCCUCUUCAACCAACAUCUAACCACAACGCACCUCGCCGCAGAGAUCAACGGAAGACAAACGAUCACCGUCUGCGCUGUCGACGACGACGCCAUGAAUCUCCUCCUCGCCAACUCUCCCUCCACUCCCACUAUAAAAAACGUGCUCUCCUUCCAUGUGCUCCUCGACUACUUCGACCCCAAGAAGCUCCACCAGCUCGCCGGCGGCUCCGCCAACGUCACCACCCUAUUCCAGACCACCGGUUCCGCCACCGAAUCCUCCGGCUUCGUCAACAUUACCGACCUCACCGGCGGCAAGGUCCGGUUCUCUCCCCUCAACUCGCCCAACAUCUCCGCCACUUUCGUCAAAAACAUUCAGUCCAUUCCGUACAACCUCUCCGUCAUCCAGAUCUCGUCGCUCAUCGCUUCCCCCGAGGCCGAGGCGCCGGCACCGGCGCCGAGCCAGCCUAAUCUCACGGCCCUGAUGUCGGCAACCGACUGCAAGAUCUUCGCCGAGACGCUGCGGGCUAAUCCUCAGGCUCAGAAGACGUUCGACGACAACGUCCAGGCCGGAUUAACGGUUUUCUGCCCCGGCGACGACGCGAUGAAGAGAUUCUUGCCGGAAUAUAAGAAAAAUCUGAGCGCGCACGAUAAGGAAUCUCUGCUCGAGUACCACGGGAUUCCGAUCUACCAAUCGCUCGCGGGAUUGAAAUCCGGCAACGGAGUAUUCAACACAUUGGCCACCGAUGGCGCAAAAAGUUACAAUUUCACGGUGCAGAACGACGGCAGCACUGUGACUAUCAAGACAGGUGUCGUGACGGCUAAGAUUGUUACUUCGCUAGUGGACGAUCAGCAGCUGGCAAUUUAUAAGCUGGACAAGGUGCUGCUGCCAAAGGAGCUGUUCAAAUCUGAUCUGGCUCCGGCGCCGGUGCCGGCGCCGGCGCCGGCUCCUUCUCCCGAAGCUGAUGCAGGGUCUCCGAAGCCGGCGAGGAAUCACACGUCGCCUCCGGCGCCGGCUGCUCCGUCCGAUUCCCCAUCGGAUUCCCCGGCGGAUGCGCCAGACGGUGAUGCGGCGGAUCAGACUGACGAUAACGGCGGGGACAGGUUUAACGGUGGGAGAUUUGGUGCUGUCGUUCUGUGCCUCUGUUUUUUUGUUUUACAAUUACAGCUGUGA